UCCACUUGACUGGCCAAUCACUGCUAUACUUCCUCAAAAGUCUGAGCAGGACCUGCAUCUGUGAGAAAGAUGUUUCACUGUCUCUUAACCCUCACACCAUCAUCACACAUGGACGGGCUGCACAUUCUCCUGGUCGUUCUCUUAGGAGUUGUUUGUUACGGUCAUGAUCAGGUCACUGGAUCAGUGUUGGAGGUGUCGGUCCGACCAGGAGACAACAUCACUCUGUACUGUGACUGCAAAAAAUCAACUGGAGUUUACAUAGUGUGGUACAGGAACUGCUCUCAUGAGAAUCAGCCUCCACUUAUCCUCGAAAGCAGUGAUCCAAGGAUCUAUGACCAGAAGAGUUUCCCUCGUUUUAAGUUUGUGGACAACACUGCCUCCAGUUCAUUUGAUCUGCUGAUCAUGAACGUUACAGGAUCAGAUGAGGGGAUCUACUACUGUGGAACCAAACAAACAAAAGUGGAGGAAACAGGUUACAUUGGUUCCAGAAGUGAUUACAGAUUCAGCAACAUCACAACAAGGAUCAUACUCAAUUCCAGCUCACCUGAUCCCCAUCAGUGCAUCUCAAGCCCUCAGCCUGUUGUGUCCUGGAUGUUGGUCUUCUCUCCAGCCAUCACCAUCCUCUUGUCCACGCUCUCCUUUAUUUUGGUUUAUAACUUCUUUCAGAGAGCAGAUAAGGAAUCUGAAACCGUCCAGAAAAGACCUGACACCAGGAGACAAACAAAAAGGAAUCAGGAUGAAGAUGUGUACUUCACACAUGUUCUGUUCCGGGUACAGGAGGGUACACAAACACACCGGUAGGAGGAGGAUGGAGAAACAAACAACUAGAAUAAAAUGAAUUCAAAUUUAAAACUUUUUUAAUUCAGGAUAGUAGUGAAGCUGACGUUUCCUCUUGUUGUACAUCCUGUGGUUUGAGACACCGCUAAAGCAAGUAUGCGAGCACUUGGUUUGCGAUCAGGCUGUAAUCAGGUGUAUCGUCAACCAGCCAACUGUCUGUUUUCUCACAUACAUUGUCACAACUUAUUUCAAAUGUGCUUUUCAUAUAUUAACUUUUUCACGUUAAACCAAUGUUCUGUCUGAUUUCCUUAAUUUUGUAUUUGAGUAGUUAACAUUAAGUAAUAAGAAUUAGUUAUGCGGUUUAUCAUGUGCUGAAUCCAUAUUUGUAUGCUGUGGGCUAAUAAAAAUGAAAUUACCAAAGGCAAUAAAAGGCUUU